AUGAACUCUUCUGAGAAUCUGUGCACUUCUUCUCUCGACGCUUCUUUCGGACCCUUUGUUGGCCCUGAAUGUCGCGAUGGCUUCGACUUUACUCUCGUCUUUGAGCAAUCCAUUCUCGUGCUGUCUCCAGCCGCUCUUCUCCUCAUCCUCGCUCCUGUUCGUCUUUUUCGGCUCCGGAAUGUCCCCGUCAAAGUCACUGGCCACCGUCUUCGAACUGUCAAAUUGGCGUUGAUCGCUCUUUUGGCUGUACUUCAUCUCAUGCUCGUUGUCCUUUGGGCUAUACGCCCUUCCAAUUCGCGUCUAGAUCGCGUCUCUGUCGCUGCUGCAUGUGUAUCCUUUGCCUCAAGCCUGAUGUCCUGUGUCCUCUCUCGUGUUGAACAUGCCAAAUCUCCUCGUCCAUCCUCUCUCUUGAGUCUGUUUCUAGCUGCGUCUUUGCUCCUUGAUGUCACGCUCCUUCGCACCCUCUGGCUUGUCCCUAUGAGUGCGGCUAUUCCAUCUGUUUUCACGGCGGCCUUUGCUCUGAAAGCGAUUAUUGUCGUUCUUGAAGGGUGGAACAAAGCCCCACAUCUUGUCGCCGGCUCCGGGCCCCACUCUCCCGAAGUCACGGCGGGACUGUACGCCCGAGCCGUCUUUGCGUGGGUAACUCCGUUGCUACUGACGGGAUUUCGAAAGCUUCUGCGGCCGAUGGAUCUGUUUGAGUUGGACGAGGAGAUGGGCUCGGCGGGACUGAUCGACGGGUUUUGGAAGCAUUGGCAUACCCAGAAAGCUCCGGUUCGCAAACACCGGCUGAUCUCAUGUUGCGUCACGACACUGCGAUGGUCUAUCAUUGCUGUUAUUCUUCCUCGCCUGGCUCUUCUGGCAUUCACUAUAUGCCAACCACUCAUUCUCAACCGGCUGCUGGUGUUUCUCGACGAUACCUCUCAGUCUAUCAACAUUGGUUACGGUAUCAUCGCAGCCUACGGUCUUGUUUACUCUGGUAUUGCUCUUUCACAAGCCCUCUAUUGGCAUCGCAAUGCUCGGUCUGUCACAUUGUUGCGUGGAGUGUUGGUGUCUGCCGUGUUCUCCAAGGCCACCGAUCUGAGCAUCACGACAACAGACGAUUCAGCGGCGGUGACGCUCAUGUCUUCUGAUGUCGAUGUUAUUGUGAGGGCAGUCAGAGAGAUCCACGAGUUUUGGGCAAACAUCAUACAGCUUGCCAUAGCCGCUUGGUUACUGAGCACUCACGUAGGCUAUGCUGCUGUAGGUCCCAUAAUUGUGUCGCUCGUAGCACUCAUUGCUACGAUUCUCGUUUCACCUCUGGCGCGCAAGUAUCAGAUCUCCUGGUUAGACAAGACACAGAGACGAGUUGGUAUCACUUCUGCCAUGAUUGGACACAUUAAGAGCAUCAAAGGCUCAGGCCUAACUCAAAACCUGUCUGACACCAUCCUCAACCUCCGAGCAGAUGAGAUCAAAGCCUCAAAACCAUUCAGGAUGGUCAGCAGUGUCACGUCCGCCAUUGCUCAAGUCCCUUUGCUCAUGUCUCCGGUCGUGGCAUUUGCUCUCUUCCAAGGGGUUGCCUCGAAUUCUGGCGAGACUCUUGAUGCUACUAGACUUUUCUCCGCUCUGUCCCUAAUCAUUCUCCUCGCGCAGCCACUUUUCUUUAUGUUUGAGUCAAUUCUUGACAUGAGUGCUGCUUUGGGAGCUUUUGAAAGAAUACAAACAUUUUUGACCCAAGAGUCUCGAAGAGAUUCUCGCCAACAAGAAUCAGUUGCAGAGUUGAACCGACCUGAUCAAGGAGCCAGAGACUCUAUCGAGCUACAAAUACUGAGAGAAUCCUCAUUGCCAUCUACAACAGACUCCAGUAUGAAAGAAGUUGUUAUUCAAGUCUCAGACGCAAACAUCUCUUGGUCAGAGGAUCAUGUCAUCCUUCGAGACUUGUCAUUUGUCGUCGGCCGCAACCAACUUGUCCUACUUCUCAGCCCAGUUGCGAGUGGAAAAACUACUCUGUUGAAAGCGCUUCUUGGAGAAGUUCCCAAUAUAACUGGAUCAAUUGAUGUUUAUAGUAAGGGAACUGCCUGGUGCGAGCAAAGUCCUUGGCUCCUGAACCGGACAAUUCGUGAAAACAUCAUAGGAUACUCGCACUUCGACCCUGUUCUAUACCAAUCUGUCGUUAAAGCUUGUGAUAUAGAGAAGGAUUUCGGUCAACUUCCCCAGGGUGACAACACCGUUAUUGGCAGCAAGGGGCUGGCCCUCAGUGGAGGUCAGAAGCAACGCGUUGCAUUGGCCAGAGCUGUCUAUUCAAAACCUAUGAUUGCUCUCUUCGAUGAUGUCUUUAGUGGACUGGAUGGUCAGACUGCCCAUACUGUGUUCGAGAACCUCUUUGGCGAACGUGGUUUGCUGAGGCAGUGGAAUACGACAACUGUUCUUGCGACUCAAUCGGUCGACUUUCUAUCGUCCGCCGACCACAUCAUUUGUCUUAACAAGGAUGGGAAAAUAUCGGAACAAGGCACAUUCUUUGAUCUCAAAGACACUGAUGGCUAUGUGCACUCCUUACUGAGAGACGGGGUUCAUAGAGACGAAGUCUCGACCCUUGCAACUGACAAUAUCAAAGAACAGGCCUCUAAGAAAGCACAGGCGCCCCCAAAGCAACAAGCCGAUGAAGAAGAUAUGCGCAGACAACGCGGGGACUCGACGGUAUAUCGAUACUACUUCAGCAGCACUGGCGGUCUUUUUAUGAUAGUUCUUUUAGUACUCGAGAUCAUCUGGGCUUUUCUAGAAAGCUUCCCAACAAUUUGGCUGAAAUUCUGGACUGAUGACAAUGCGCAUGGAAACGGUCAAGCGGGCUACUACCUUGGUAUCUAUGCCGCUCUUCAGGUUACGGCAGUCAUCUGGUUUGCUGUUCUUAUAUGGUACUCUAUGAAGUCUCGUUGCACGUACUGGAUACUGACGGUAGUUUGUCAUUGUCCUGGUAGCGGCAAAGUCUGGGAUAACUCUUCACAAGAGACUACUAUCUACCGUAGUCCGACUUGGGGUCAAUCACAACACGGAUAUAGGAAUGGUGGACAACCACCUCCCUUUUGGUCUCGUUGUGACUCUCGCCAAACAGGUUUCUUCGGUGCCAUCGCCAAAGCCGGCCUCCUCGCCUCUUCAAACCCCUAUAUAGCAGCUGCAUUCCCCCUCCUAGGAGCUGUCUAUUUCUAUCUUCAACGUGGUUAUCUCCGUACCUCUCGUCAACUCCGUCUGCUCGAUCUCGAGGAGAAGGCCCCUCUAUACACCCAAUUCCUCGAAACACUCUCAGGCCUAGCAACCAUACGAGCCUUCGGAUGGGGAGAUGCAGUUAUUCAGGCCAACCACACUCUUGUAGAUCGCUCACAGAGGCCUUUCUAUCUCCUCAUGAUCGUCCAGCGUUGGCUCGUCCUCGUCCUCGACCUGACCACCGCAGCCCUGGCUCUUCUUCUCGUUGGUCUCGCGGUUCGUCUUCGUGGGGAAGUCGAUGUAGGUUUAACUGGCGUAUCUCUCGUGCAGCUAAUCUCGUUAAGUGAGACCGUGAACAUGCUUAUUCAGUUCUGGACCUCUAUCGAGACUUCCAUCGGUGCUGUAGCUCGCAUUAAGAAAUUCGCUGAAGAGACUAGCGAGGAGAACUUACCGGGAGAGACAAACCAGCCACCAGUCCAGUGGCCUGACAAAGGAGCUAUACAGAUCAACAACUUGACUGCAUCGUAUGGUGACGGAGACGGAGAAGUUAUUAAAGCUCUUGAUGCAGUCAGUUUGGGGAUCAAGGGAGGGGAGAAGUUAGGUAUCUGCGGUCGCACAGGAAGUGGAAAAUCAUCUAUAUUUCUUGCUCUUCUCAGACUACUAGACUCCACGUCUGGUAGUAUCAUUAUCGAUGAGAUCGCUCUAUCUUCUGUUCCUCGAGAAACGAUCCGUUGUCGUCUCAUCACUCUGACGCAAGACCAGUUCGUACUCCCCGGCACAGUUCGACACAACGUUGAUCCGCUUGGUAUCUACUCCGACGUGGAAAUCAAAGAGGCACUUCGUCUUGUCGAACUGUAUGAUCCAAUCGAACGACAUGGGGGAUUGGAUGCUUCGUUCGAUCAAGACACAUUGAGCCACGGGCAGAAGCAGCUUUUCUUCCUGGCACGGGCGGUGCUGAGGAAGAAUGACGGGAGGAUCGUGCUUCUAGAUGAAGCAACGAGCAGGCAAGUCAAACAAACGAUGCAACUACAAGCUAAGGAACUAAUAGAGCCAUAUGUGGACCAAAAGACCGAAGAGACUAUCAAGGCCGUUAUUGAGAGCGAGUUCAAGGAUCACACCGUCGUGUUUAUCACCCACCGUCUGGAUACGAUCAUCGAUUUCGACCGCGUAAUUGUGAUGGACAAGGGGUGCGUCGUCGAGCUCGGUGAACCAAAGAGUCUCCUUGCAUCAGGUACCAGGUUCAAAGCUCUCUGGGCAACCGGGCAUUGA